GAUCAUGGAGCACAAUUUGCAAGCGUUAUCCGACAACGCUGGCACUUCACCAGUGCAAGUUUCUUCAAGACAAGUGCUAAGUGGAACAUGGGUGGUUAAAUUGUACGAUUACCAAAACUGCAACCUUGGGUAUGGAUUGCACGAUGUAUACUUGCUACUAUACACCAGCUGCAAGCGAAGCGUUCGCCACAAGAACGAAUUGAAACUUCUGGAGGUGUACAGAUCAGCCUACAAUCAUUAUAUUGAGCAGCUGGAGGCAACUGGAUUUUUGCAUCAAACGGGCGAAAUUUUCAAGAGGCACUGCCGGCACGCGCAACAACUCGCAACCUAUCACUGCCUGAUGGGAGCCUCAGCAUGGUUCAUCGAAGAUGAUGUAACAGAGCGACUUUUGCAGAUAAUUGAUGAAGUAGCAGAAAAGGGAUACAUAUAAAAAUAUGAGACUCACCAGCACCAUCAUGGGCAUCACCAGCUUCUUUCGCCUUGCUGAUUUUCUCUUGUUCUGAUCGAAGAUAGCGAGCACGCUGAGGUCGAUCCCCACUCACCUUCUCAAACCAUCCUUCAAGUUCGGUCACCUGUAUUGGCUUCAAAUCCUGCAUCUGAGGUUUCAAUGCAACCCCAAUCCAUCGAUACAAUUCAAUGCAGAGGGCUUUCCCUUCUUCUCGAACACUUCCAUCUCGAUGGUCCAAAAUCUUCGGGAUUUGUUUCAACAGAGGCUUCAGGCUCAGGACUUUUGGUCCAAAUUCCCUGUUAAUAUGAGAAUGGUGAAACUAGUGCUCGGGAUGCACUGCCGACUGUAGUACUAACUUAACAAUGCAUGUGCACGCAUGAAUGCACCCCAAAACUGCUUUCGGAUUCUUCUGAUCGAAUCCCUUGAUCAGCUCUUCGAGAACUGGUUCUUGUCUUUCAAUUUCAACAUACAUCAAGAGAAUGUCAAUUCCAAGCUCCUUCGUCUUAGCUUUGGGAGCUCCAAGGCAUUUGGCCACAACACCCGCGAUGACUUCAGACGGGUUUCUAAUAGGAGAGCGUUAAUUAGCGGGUAUCAACAUGCAAUGUCCCAUUUACUAACUUGCUCGCAAUUUUAGCAUUUUCGACGAAAGUCAGAACUGCUUCCAAGCCUUUUUCUUGAGCGACGGCAUUUGAAUCUACGACGAACUUCUUGAUAAGCGAUGAAUAAACAUUCCACUGCGGACUUU